CGCGCCGCAGGGCGGGCGGCGGCGGUUCCGGGUCGGUGAGGAAAUGGCGGAGCCGGAAGGGUCCGGGGAGCCGGGGCCGGCACCGGGACCGGGACCGGGACCGGCGGCGCUCGGAGACCUGCGGAGCGUGCUGAUCACCAGCGUGCUGAACCUGGAGCGGCUGGAGCUCGACCUCUUCAGGGGCCGGCACCACUGGGUGCCCGCCACGCAGCGCCUCUUUGGCGGGCAGAUCGUAGGGCAGGCGCUGGUGGCGGCCGCCCGCGCCGUCAGCCGCGACGAGCAGGUCCACUCGCUGCACUGCUACUUCGUGCGGGCAGGGGACCCCAAGGUACCGGUGCUGUACGAGGUGGAGCGGACCCGCACAGGGAAGAGCUUCUCUGUUCGUUCCGUAAAGGCCAUCCAGCACGGAAAGCCGAUCUUCACCUGCCAGGCCUCCUUCCAGCUCUCCCAGGGCAGCCCAGUGCAGCACCAGUUCACCAUGCCCGCCGCGCCGCCCCCCGAGGAGCUGCUGACGCAAGAGGAGCUCGUCCAGAAGUUCCUGCGGGACCCUAACUUGGCAGAGAGGUACAGGAAGCAUCUCAACAAGAUCCAAGCUGAAGACGUGCCGAUUGAUAUCAAACCCGUGAACCCGCCAAAUAUAUUCUGCUCGGAGCCGCAGGAGCCGAAGCAGCUCUUCUGGGUGCGAGCACGAGGCUACAUAGGAGAGACCGACAUGAAGGUGCACUGCUGCGUGGCCGCCUACAUCUCCGACUACGCCUUCCUGGGCACGGCCCUGCUCCCGCACCGGCAGCACCACGUCAAGUUCAUAGUGUCCCUCGACCAUUCCAUGUGGUUCCACGCGCCCUUCCGAGCAGACCACUGGAUGCUGUACGAGUGCGAGAGCCCCUGGGCUGGCGGGUGCCGGGGACUGGUGCAGGGCCGGCUGUGGCGCAGGGACGGGGUCCUGGCUGUCACCUGCGUGCAGGAAGGAGUCAUCAGGGUGGAGCAAACGCCAAGCCAGAGCAAGCUUUAGCUGAGGAACCCCCACGGGCUGGAGCUUGGGCAUGCUGAGGGAGCGACCCUGGGACCAAAAGAUGCGGGCGAGGCAGGACCUGGGUGACAGCGGGGACGGAGCCUCGGAGGAGACUGGUCCGGAUCCAGCACCGAGGAGCGCUGGAGCCAGAGGCCCUCUGCGACGGAUGGGGACCCGCAGAGGCACCCGCUGUGACCGGCUGCCAGCUGCGCAGCACGUAACCGCACGCUGCAGUCGGCCACCCCUCACCUGCCUGAAAUAAAGCCGUCAGGUGAACAGC